GAGUAAACUUUGUGUGGAAGACGUAAACACACAUUAGCGUUUGUGUAAAUUUAGUCAAUUUGAUCGUUAUCAUUCAGCGACAGUACACAAUUUAACAACAUCCUGCGUGACCGGGACCAUCACGGCACCGAGGUAGUCCAUAGCCGUGAAAAAUGGAAAACGGUGAGGGAGAAAAAGCUGAAAAUCCGGGUGCAGAUGGGGGACCAAGCGAGAAGGAGACGAAUAAACCCGACUCGCCGAAACCUGACACUCAAGAUGUUGCCCCGCCGCUCAUAACAACAGCAAAACCUGAAGAUAAGAAAGAUGAACCCAAGAAGAAGGCUGUGGGGUCGGAAGGAGCGACAGAAAAACGUAGGCGAGGCCCACCACCACCGGUCACGGUUGGUCGGGCAUCGUUGGAUGUAUCAACAGAAUCGACCCCUCGUCUACGUCGAGCUUCCGUGGCCAAGAAGAACGUGGUGAUGUCUACUGAAGCCAUGAAGGAGAUGGCAAAGCAAGCCAAGGCAAAUCGUGAUGAGAGACGCACAGGGAUGGAUGCUAGGCAUCAGUUUGUCUUCGGAAAGCUAGCAGAAUCCAUUGGCAUUGAGAUUGCCCAGGUGGAGGACUUCAUUCUUGGAGAUGAUAAGUUUGACUUGAUUGAGGAUUUCUUUGCAAACAAUGGUUCUCGUAAGCUGAUGUUCUACUAUCAGGAAGCACCAACCAGAGAUACGCUGUUCUCUAGAACAGAUACCUCAAGCGUGACCACCCACCCGCCUCUUCAGAAACGCCUCUUCCUGACCACAGGCGCCUCAGAGGGUCUGAACGGCAUGUGCUACUUCUUCGUCCGCCCCAUGUCCAAGCCGAUCACCAACCAGAACAUUGCCCAGGAGAUCAACUACGGCAUGAUGGAUGCUUCAAAUGGGAAGAUACUGGACGGGCUGCAGACGCUGUUGAAGAAGGUCAUGGUGCCAGCGCUCAAGGGCCAAGAGAGCUGGGGAGAAAUCAAAGACAACGGUCAAGUGUCGGACUUCCUAGAUCAGCUUGACCGCUUCAUCAAUAGUCUGUCCAUCGCUAAGGGCAACAUGGAGGGUAAAGUCCAGCUGUGCGAGCAUGACCAUCUAGAGUCCAUGUUGGAUUCACUCAAGACUGCCAGCGACUUCCAGCAAGCUGCUGCCGCUCCGGACACAGUAGAGAAACUGGAAGAGUUGAUCCUCCAGUGGGCCAAGCAGAUCGAGCAGGUCCUUGCCAAGAGUGAGCAGAUGCGCAAGGAGGCGGACGACAUCGGUCCGUCGGCUGAGCUGGACCACUGGAAGAAACGCAUGGCCAAGUUCAACAGUCUCCUGGAGCAGAUUAAGAGCCCAAGAUGCAAGGCUGUGGUUGGGGUCCUACAUGCUGCUAAGUCCAAGGUCUUGAAGCAGUGGAAAGAACUGGAUAUCCGCAUCACUGAUGCAGCAAAUGAGGCCAAGGACAAUGUCAAGUAUCUCUACACUCUGGAUAAAUUCUUUGGGCCGCUAGUCAAAUGUGAUCCCUGUGUCAUGGUAGAACACGUUCCCAGUCUGAUGAAUGCUAUCCGGAUGAUCCACAGCAUCUCCCGUUACUACAACACAUCAGAGAGGAUGACCUCACUCUUCGUCAAGGUCACCAACCAGAUGAUCACAACCUGCAAGGCCUAUAUCAAUAGAGACGCCUCCAAGAUCUGGGAACUUGAAAGAUCUGACUUGCUGAAGAGACUGAAUGACUGUAUUUAUCUGAAUGAUGAGUACCAGAAAUGUUUCCAUAAGACAAAGGAGAGAUUGAAGGAAACUCCAGAGGAGAGGCAGUUUGAGUUCAGUGAGAACUACAUCUUCGGCAAGUUUGACACAUUCUGCAAGCGUCUUGAGCGCAUCGCUGACAUGGUGAACACCAUGGAGAGUAUGAGCUCACUGGGAGAGGUCAAGAUCGAAGGAAUUGACUCCAUCUUCAUCCGAUUUCAAGGCAUCACUGCCACCUACAAGAAGAAGAGUUACGAUGUACUUGACCAUCGCAAAGGAGAGUUUGAUGUUGACUAUAUUGAGUUCCGUUCUCUGAUGGACAGCCUGCACUCACAGUUGCAGGGUUUCGUGGAUUCAUGGUUUGACAAACAACUGACCACCGAUAAGGCCUUAGACCUCCUCUCCAAAUUCGAGAAGAUCUCUGGCUCCCACCUCAACCUAACUGACAAAUACAUGCGAGUGUUGAUAAACUACGGGCGUGACUUGGAGUCGGUGCGUAAGCUGUACCAGAAGGGGAAGGAUGACCCCCCGGUGAUGCGUAACAUGCCCCCGGUGGCGGGCAAGAUCACCUGGGCAAGGCAGCUUUAUCGUAAGAUCGACACGCCCAUGAGGGCAUUCAAGAGAAAGCCAGAAGUUUUGCGGACUCAAGAAGCUAAGAAGAUCAUCAGGAACUUCAACAAGAUGGCUGCAGUUCUGUUGGAGUAUGAGCUUCUCUACCACAGAGGGUGGUUCCGUGCUGUCGACACCAUCCGCUCCGGCCUCAACUCUUCCCUCUUGGUGCGCCAUCCGGAGACCAAGGAGCUCUUUGUGAACUUUGACCCUCAGGUGUUGGAGCUGAUCGCUGAGGCUAAGUAUCUAAGCAAGAUGAAUCUGGAGGUGCCGGAUUCUGCCGGGGUCUUGAUUCUAAAGGAAGCUGAAAUCAAGGCUAACUAUGUGGCGUUGGUUGAGUUACUGAGAGAGUAUGACCGCAUCGUGACCACCAUUCCCAACUUGGUGUUGCCACUGAUGUCUCCAUUCAGACGUCGCGUUGAGGAUGCUCUGAAACCCGGACUAACGAGCCUCAACUGGACUUCCCUCAGCCUGGACCAAUAUAUUUCAAACACCUACAAGGAGCUGGGCUUCCUAGAGCACCUGACCAAGCAGAUUUCUGAUCUACUUGACUGCCGCAUCGACCAGGUAUUGAAGGAUAUGUCCUGCACGGCACUGUGUGUCCUGCCAGAGGCUGAGCCGACAUCAACGAAGGACUUCUUGGCCGACACGGAAAAGACUUGCAAGGAAGCUUGCGAGCAGCUCUCAAGACAAAGCAAGGCCGUCGAGAAGGCGGUUCAAGAUCUCGUCGACACCCUCAAGAACAACUUGAAGGAGAGCGAGCGAUGUAACCUCCACGAUAACUACCCGUGCCUCACCCCGGACUCCAAGCAUAAACGUUGUCUGGAAUGCCUCCCCUGUAGCUUCUAUGCUAUGCUUGGAAGCUUCAGUCAGAGGAAUACUGACGCCCUCAUCAAAUGCACCCGCCUAUCCCUGGACUCCAUCAAGCGUCGUCUUCAGACCUCGGCCAGCAAGUACACCCAGGGUCCCCAGGAGAACGAAGACGCUAAGGUGCCUCUGUUUAUGGCUAACAUCGUACUGUCCAUCCCGACUAUCGUGCUACGUCCGAGCCUGGAUGAUGUUCAGCAGACGGUCAAUAAGGCGGUGCAGGUGAUCUUGAGGAUGGCUCAAGACAUCCCGCUGUGGGCUCACACUAUUAUCAGUCAGAGAGCUGCGUUGAAGGAGCUUGAGGAUGCUAAAGAUGACAAGGACACAGAUAAGGUGCCGAUGCUCGCAGUGACUCAGAAACCUUUACAUAAGGUGAUCAGUGAGCACAAGGAUGUGCUGAAGGUGGUGAUCACACUGAAUAACAUCAUCGGUAGUAGCAAGUCCGAAUGCCAGGAGGUUCUUGACAGCUUCAAGGAGUUCAGUGAGCUUUGGAACGAGGAGCCGGAGGAGAAGGUGACUGAGUUCAUGGCUGGUAAACCGCUCCUUGGAGAGAUUGAAACACAGAUCAAAUACUACCAGAAUCUUGAGACGACAAUCGAGGAGAUCCCGACCAGCUACCGCGUUGGAUCUGUCAUCUGCCUCACGGAAAAACUCAAGGAAGCCUUAAUCGCCGAGACCAAAGCCUGGAAGCUUGCCUUCGGUAAAGCCCUCAACGCCAAGGCCUCAGCCGACAUGACAGACAUCUUCGACUUCAUCGAGAAUCUUCAGAAGCGUCUUAGCCGUCCCAUCAAGGAUCUUGACGAUGUUAGAGCCGCCAUGGCGUCGUUGGCUGAGAUCAGGGAGUCGGAGAUUCGUAUCGAUAUGACUAUCGGGCCGAUCGAGGAGUCCUUUGCGAUGUUGAAUAAGUACGAUUUACUGUUUCAGGACGGUAAUGCUGAGAAGGUGGAUAGCUUGUCUUAUAGCUGGAAGAAUCUUAAUACACAGAUGCAACAUGUGCAGGUAACAUUGCUCAAGAUCCAGCCAGAGUUUAAAGCCAACCUUCUAACCCUGGUGGAGCUCUACCAGUCAGAGGUUACUAACUUUGUGGACGAAUACACAGACAGUGGUCCGAUGGUACAAGGUAUCGCUCCAAGCGAAGCCAGCGAUCGUCUGCAGCUCUUCCAAGCUCGCUUUGAUGAGCUCUGGCGUAAGUUCGUGACCUACUCCGGGGGUGAGGAGCUCUUCGGUCUGGCAGUCACUGACUAUCCUGACAUCCAGCGCAUCAAACGAGAGCUGACGCUACUGCAGAAGUUGUACCAGCUGUACAAUGCUGUCAUUGAUAAUGUUAACGGAUAUUAUGAUAUUCCAUGGGUAGAGGUUGACAUUGAGAAGAUUAAUCAAGAGCUGUUGGACUUCCAGAAUAAGUGCCGCAAGCUCCCCAAGGCGCUGAAGGAGUGGCAGGCCUUCCUGGAGCUCAAGAAGAAGAUUGACGAUUUCAACGAAUGCUGCCCUCUAUUGGAGAUGAUGGCAAGCAAGGCCAUGAUGACGCGUCACUGGGACCGCAUCGCGACGGCCACUAAGCACACAUUCGAUGUGGAGUCUGAUGCUUUCCUACUCAGGAAUAUUAUGAUGGCUCCGUUGCUGGAGAACAAGGAAGAUAUUGAGGACAUCUGUAUCUCUGCGGUCAAAGAACGUGACAUCGAAGCUAAACUGAAGCAAGUCAUCAAUGAAUGGAGCGCUCAAGACUUCCAGUUCUCACCCUUCAAGAGUCGUGGAGAACUCCUACUGAAGGGAGACACUACUGGUGAGAUCAUCUCAUUGAUGGAGGAUAGCUUGAUGGUACUCGCAUCGCUCAUGAGUAACAGGUACAAUGCCCCCUUCAAGCCUGAGAUUCAGAAAUGGGUGCAGAAGCUGUCCAACACCACCGAGAUCAUUGAGAACUGGAUGCAGGUCCAGAAUCUAUGGAUCUAUCUGGAGGCUGUGUUUGUGGGCGGUGACAUUGCUAAACAGCUACCACAGGAAGCCAAACGCUUCAGCAACAUCGAUAAGUCGUGGGUGAAAAUCAUGCAGAGUGCCCACGAGAACUCCAACGUUGUUCAGUGCUGCACCGGGGACGACACCCUGGGUCAGCUUCUACCCCAUCUCCUGGAGCAGCUGGAGAUCUGUCAGAAGUCUCUGACGGGUUACUUGGAGAAGAAGAGAUUGGUGUUCCCGAGGUUCUUCUUCGUCUCUGACCCUGCACUGCUGGAGAUUCUUGGUCAGGCAUCGGACUCUCAUACUAUCCAGAACCACUUGGAGGGUCUUUUCGACAACGUCAAAACAGCAGACUUCCACGAGAAAGUCUACGAUCAGAUCCUGGCGGUCAGUUCCAGGGAGAGCGAGAAGAUCGACCUGGUCAAGCCAGUCAUGGCCCAGGGCAACGUAGAGCUGUGGCUUGGAGAGCUGAUGAAGACUAUCUUCAAGUCUCUGCACAGCAUCAUCCGUACCUCAAGUAUUGCUAUCGGAGACAAGGAGAACUUCAAGCUGAUUGAGUUUGAGAAUACGUACCCUGCCCAGGUGGGGCUUCUUGGGCUGCAGAUGCUGUGGACGAGGGACAGCGAGGACGCACUUAAGCUGGCUCGCUCUGACAAGAAGAUCAUGGCAUCUACUAACCAGUACUUCAUGGAGAUGUUGAACACCUUGAUUGACGUCACUACCCAGGAGCUCACUAAGUACGAGAGAACCAAGUUUGAGACCCUCAUCACGAUCCACGUUCACCAGAGAGAUAUCUUUGAUGACUUGGUGCGUAUGCACAUCAAGUCCAUCACUGACUUUGAGUGGUUGAAGCAGUCUCGUUUCUACUACAACGAGGACACUGAUCAAUGUGUGAUCUCAAUCACUGAUGUUGACUUCAUCUAUCAGAUGGAACCUGUUGGGUGCACAGAGAGACUCGUCAUUACACCUCUUACUGACAGAUGCUACAUAACCCUUGCCCAAGCUUUGGGUAUGAGCAUGGGAGGUGCCCCAGCUGGUCCAGCAGGGACAGGCAAGACUGAGACCACUAAGGAUAUGGGUAAAGCUCUCGGCAAGUACGUAGUGGUCUUCAACUGCUCUGAUCAGAUGGACUUCAGAGGGCUGGGUCGUAUCUACAAAGGUUUGGCCCAGUCUGGUAGCUGGGGUUGUUUUGAUGAGUUCAAUCGUAUCGAGCUGCCUGUACUCUCAGUGGCUGCCCAGCAGAUCGCCAUCGUACUCACCUGCAAGAAGGAACGCAAAAACAACUUCAUCUUCACCGAUGGUGACAGCGUGGACAUGGAUCCCGAGUUUGGAAUCUUCUUGACUAUGAACCCCGGUUACGCUGGUCGGCAAGAGUUACCAGAGAAUCUGAAGAUUCAGUUCCGUACCGUCGCCAUGAUGGUUCCUGACAGACAGAUCAUCAUCCGUGUCAAACUCGCUAGCUGUGGUUUUCAAGGCAACGUCCUACUCGCUCGCAAGUUCUACACCCUGUACAAACUGUGCGAGGAGCAGCUCACCAAACAGGUGCAUUAUGACUUUGGUCUGCGUAACAUUCUAUCUGUUCUGCGUACUCUUGGAGCCUUCAAGCGUCUCAACCCGCAGGAUAGUGAGUCUACUAUCGUCAUGAGAGUUCUCAGAGACAUGAACCUCUCCAAGUUGGUUGAUGAAGAUGAACCUUUGUUCUUAUCCCUGAUUGAUGACUUGUUCCCUGGUAUGUCUCUUGACAAAGCUGGUUACCCAGACAUCGAAGCCGCCAUUGACAAACAGGUUGCUGAGGCAGGAAUAGUGAACCACCCUCCAUGGAUUCUGAAGCUUAUUCAGCUGUAUGAGACACAAAGAGUACGUCACGGAAUGAUGACACUCGGACCUAGUGGUGCUGGUAAGACCAAGUGUAUCCACACCCUGAUGAAGGCAAUGUCAGACUGUGGAGCCCCUCACCGUGAGCUGAGGAUGAACCCUAAAGCUAUUACAGCACCUCAGAUGUUUGGACGGCUUGAUGUCGCUACUAACGACUGGACGGAUGGAAUCUUCUCAACACUGUGGAGGAAGACUCUUAAAGGGAAGAAGGGAGAGCACAUCUGGAUUGUUUUGGACGGCCCGGUGGACGCCAUCUGGAUCGAGAAUCUCAACUCUGUCCUGGACGACAACAAGACCCUAACCCUAGCCAACGGUGACCGCAUCCCCAUGGCCCCUACCUGUAAGAUCAUCUUUGAGCCUCAUAACAUUGACAACGCCUCCCCGGCUACGGUGUCUCGUAACGGCAUGGUAUACAUGAGCUCCUCCAUCAUGGACUGGGAGCCGAUCCUCAAGGGUUGGUUGUUGACGAGACCUUCUUCCCAGCAGGACGUCUUGUAUAACCUCUUUGCUGAGUACUUCAAGAUUACCUACAACUUUGCCAUGCAAAACUGCGUCCCUAAAAUGGAUAUCUUGGAGUGUAUGUACAUCCGUCAAGCUGUGGAUCUCCUGACCGGUCUAAUCCCUAGUGAGGACAGUAAUCCAUCUCGGGAGCAUCUUGAGAGACUCUUCAUCUUCUGCCUCAUGUGGUCCAUCGGAGCUCUCCUUGAGCUGGACGACAGGAAAGCGAUGGAGGGGUUCCUUAAGGAGAAGGGAGGUCUGCAACUACCCAAGAUUGACGCUUCGAGUCAAGAUACCAUCUUUGAGUAUGUUGUGAACAGCGCUGGCAGCUGGGAGCACUGGAGCGAUAGAGUUCCAGAGUACAUCUACCCUACAGACAGUACCCCAGACUACUCCUCCAUCCUGGUCCCUAAUACAGACAACGUCAGGACUGACUUCCUCAUUCAGACCAUCGGCAAGCAGGAGAAAGCUGUGCUGCUCAUCGGUGAGCAGGGGACAGCCAAGACGGUGGUUAUCAAAGGAAACUGUGCUAAGUACGAUCCUGAGAGACAUCUCACUAAGAGUCUUAACUUCUCUUCUGCUACCACACCUAACAUGUACCAGCGUACCGUUGAAAGCUACGUUGACAAGCGUGUAGGUACAACGUAUGGACCACCAGCCGGAAAGAAGAUGACCAUCUUCGUGGACGAUAUCAACAUGCCUGUUAUCAAUGAAUGGGGAGAUCAGAUCACCAACGAGAUUGUCCGUCAGCUGAUGGAGACCAGAGGUUUCUACAAUCUGGAUAAGCCGGGUGACUUCACGAACAUCGUGGACAUCCAGUUCAUGGCCGCCAUGAUCCAGCCCGGCGGUGGCCGUAAUGACAUCCCCCAACGCCUCAAGAGACAGUUCAACAUCUUCAACUGUACCCUGCCGUCCAAUAACUCCAUCGAUAAGAUCUUUAGGACAAUUGGAUGCGGCCACUACUGCAAGGAGCGUCGCUUCCCAGAUGAGAUCCUGGAGCUGGCCGAUAGCCUGGUAUCAACCACCAGGAAGCUCUGGCAACGCACAAAGAUCAAGAUGUUGCCGACUCCGGCUAAGUUCCAUUACAUCUUCAAUCUGCGUGAUCUCAGUCGAAUCUGGCAGGGUAUGUUAAACACUGUCUCUGAGGUGGUAACAGCCGCACCUGUUUUGUUGAACCUCUGGAAGCAUGAGUGUUCUCGCGUCAUCGCUGAUCGCUUCACCAACCAAGAAGACAAAGUCUGGUUUGAGAAGGCUCUCAUGAAGCUUGUAGAGGAGGAUCUGGGCACUGCUUUCGCUGAGCAAGUAGACAAGGAACCGUACUUUGUGGAUUUCUUAAGAGACGCUCCUGAAAUUACAGGUGAGGAGCCAGACGAUGCUGACCUAGACGCACCUAAGAUCUAUGAACCCAUUGAAGCAUUCGACCAGCUUGGCGCCAGACUCAACAUGUUCUUAGCCAUGUACAACGAGGGAAUACGAGGAGCUAAGAUGGAUCUUGUCUUCUUUAAGGACGCCAUGGUCCAUCUCGUCAAGAUCUCUCGUAUCAUCCGUACUCCUCAAGGUAAUGCUUUGCUGGUAGGUGUGGGUGGCUCAGGCAAACAGAGCUUGACUCGUCUUGCCUCCUUCAUCGCUGGCUACAAGAUAUUCCAGAUUACGCUGUCAAAAUCCUACAACGUGAGUAACUUGAUGGAUGAUCUGAAGUACCUGUACCGUACAGCCGGUCAGCAAGGCCAGGGUAUCACCUUCAUCUUCACUGAUAAUGAGAUCAAGGAUGAAGCUUUCUUGGAGUAUAUGAAUAACGUACUAGCGUCAGGAGAGGUAUCCAACUUGUUCCAGCGAGAUGAAAUUGAUGAGAUAACAGGAGAGCUGAUAGCUGUGAUGAAGAAGGAAUAUCCACGCCGGCCACCCACUAAUGAGAACCUCUAUGAUUACUUCCUGUCUAGAGUACGAUCUAACCUCCACGUGGUACUCUGCUUCUCACCGGUCGGAGAGAAGUUCCGUAACCGCUCCCUGAAGUUUCCCGGUCUCUUCUCCGGCUGUACCAUGGAUUGGUUCUCCAGCUGGCCCAAGGACGCCCUGGUAGCCGUCUCACAGCAUUUCCUUGCCUCCUUCAAGAUCGAAUGUACAGAGCAAGUCAAGGCUAGCGUCGUCAGCACUAUGGGGAGCUUCCAGGACUCGGUGGCCGAGACGUGCACUGAAUACUUCCAGCGAUAUCGUCGUCAGACUCACGUGACCCCCAAGUCAUAUCUGUCCUUCAUCGAUGGCUAUAAAUCCAUCUAUAAUGAGAAACUGGAAGCCAUCGGACUGUUGGCGCAGAGAAUGAAAACAGGUCUUUCCAAGCUGGUCGAGGCCACCAUCUCAGUCAAUGAGUUGAGCAAAGAGCUAGUGGUCAAGGAGAAGGAACUGGCAGUGGCAUCUAAGAAAGCUGACGUCGUCCUCGCUGAGGUGACGGUCAGUGCCUCGGCUGCUGAGAAAGUCAAAGCUCAGGUCCAGAAAGUCAAGGAUAAAGCCCAGGCCAUUGUAGAUGACAUCAAUGUUGACAAGGCCCAAGCUAUGGAGAAACUAGAAGCAGCCAAGCCAGCGCUGGAGGAGGCAGAGGCUGCCCUCAACACCAUCAAACCAGCUCACAUCUCCACCGUCCGCAAGCUGGCCAAACCUCCUCAUCUUAUCAUGCGUAUCAUGGACUGCGUCUUGCUGCUGUUCCAACGUCGUCUGGAGAUGACGAGCUUGGACCCAGAGAAACCUAGUCCGAAGCCUUCAUGGCCGGAUGCCCUUAAGUUGAUGGGUGGUAGCACUUUCCUUAAAGAUCUACUCAGCUUCUCAAAGGAUUCAAUUAAUGGUGAGACAGUGGAGUUACUGCAGCCUUAUCUAUCCAUGGAUGAUUACAACCUAGAGUCAGCUAAGAAGUCUUGUGGUGAUGUGGCUGGUCUGUGUGCUUGGACUCAAGCUAUGUCCUUCUUCUUUGGUAUCAACAAGGAAGUCUUGCCGCUGAAGGCCAACUUAACCAUCCAGGAGGCUCGUCUGAACAAAGCCAAUGCCUCCUUGACAGAAGCUCAAGAUCAGCUGGAUGAGAAACAGAAGGAGCUAGACGUCGUCCAGGCCAUGUACGACGCUGCCAUCUCGGAGAAGCAGACUCUACUUGACGAUGCGGAGAGCUGUAGGAGGAAGAUGACUAAUGCCACUACGCUGAUUGAGGGACUCGGUGGGGAGAAGGUUCGCUGGACCGAGGCGAGCAAACGCUUCCAGGACCAAAUCAACAGGUUGGUGGGCGAUGUUCUCUUAGCCACUGGGUUCUUAUCCUACUCAGGACCCUUCAAUCAAGAGUUCCGUAAUCUCCUCCUGAAGAACUGGAAGAAAGAGAUGGCCAUCAAUAAGAUCCCAUACAGCGACGAUGUGAACAUCACCGGCAUGCUGGUUGACAACACCACCGUAGGAGAAUGGAACCUCCAAGGUCUACCCAACGAUGAGCUGUCUAUCCAGAAUGGUAUCAUCGUCACUAAGGCUGCCCGCUAUCCACUCUUGAUUGACCCUCAGGGACAGGGUAAGGUCUGGAUCAAGAACAAGGAGAAGGCGAAUGAGCUUCAGGUGACCGCCCUGAACCACAAGUAUUUCCGUACCCAUCUUGAGGACAGUCUGUCCCUAGGGCGCCCUCUAUUGAUAGAAGACAUCGGAGAGGAGCUGGAUCCGGCUUUGGACAACGUCCUGGAGAAGAACUUCAUAAAGUCCGGCUCAACCUUCAAGGUAAAAGUCGGAGACAAAGAAUGUGACGUGAUGAACUCUUUCCGUCUGUACAUCACCACCAAGCUGGCCAACCCUGCGUACACCCCAGAGAUCAGUGCUCGGACCUCUAUUAUUGACUUCACUGUCACUAUGAAGGGAUUGGAGGAUCAGCUGCUGGGUAUUGUCAUCCUUACUGAGAAACAGGAAUUGGAGUCUGAGCGUACAAAACUGAUGGAGGAGGUCACUGCCAACAAGCGCAAGAUGCAAGAGCUUGAGGACAAUCUCCUGUACCGACUGACCAGCACGGAGGGCUCCCUCGUUGAAGACGAGUCUCUUAUCGAGGUGUUAGGAGUCACUAAGAUCACUGCGGAGGAAGUGAGCGAGAAACUGACCAUCGCUGCCGAGACGGAGCUGCGGAUCAACUCGGCAAGAGAGGAAUUCAGACCUGUGGCUACCCGAGGCAGUACACUGUACUUCUUAAUCACCGAGAUGAGCAUGGUGAACGUCAUGUACCAGACGUCUCUCAAACAGUUCUUGGGUAUCUUUGAUAUCUCGAUGGCCAGGUCCCAGAAGAGCCCAAUCACAUCCAAGCGUAUAGCCAACAUCAUCGAGUACAUGACGUACGAGGUGUUUAAAUACACGGCUCGCGGUCUGUAUGAGAACCAUAAGUUCCUGUUCACCAUCCUCCUGGCACUCAAGAUUGACAUGCAGGGCGGCAAGAUUAAACACAACGAGUUCCAGACGUUUAUCAAAGGCGGUGCCGCCUUGGACCUAAACGCCGUCGAACCCAAACCCAAGAAGUGGAUCCUGGACAUGACAUGGCUCAAUCUCGUCCAGCUCUGCAAGCUGCCACAGUUCAACCAGAUCCUGGGCCAGGUGGCGCGCAAUGACAAGGCCUGGAAGCAAUGGUUUGAUGAAGAUGCACCGGAGGAGGCUACCAUACCUGAUGGAUACUCCUCGUCACUGGAUGUCUUCCGUAAGCUGCUGCUGGUCAGGUCUUGGUGUCCGGACCGUACCAUCCCACAGGCUAGGAAGUACAUUGCUGACGCCAUCGGUGUUAAGUUUGCCGAGGGAGUGAUCCUCAAUAUGGAGAAGAUGUGGGAGGAGUCUGACGUGAAGACACCCAUGGCCUGCUUCCUGUCUAUGGGAUCAGAUCCUACUGCAUCCAUUGAAGGACUCGCUAAGAAAAUGAAUAUCCGUUGUCGCUCUAUCAGUAUGGGUCAAGGUCAAGAAGUACACGCCCGUAAGCUUUUGAGUGGAUUCAUGUCGGAAGGUGGAUGGGUCCUCCUUCAGAACUGCCAUCUUGGACUCGGGUUCCUCGACGAACUUCAAGACACGAUUAUAAGCGCUGAGAAUGUCCACGAUUCGUUCCGUCUUUGGAUCACUACUGAGGAGCAUCCUAAGUUCCCCAUCAACCUCCUGCAGAUCUCCAUCAAGUAUACCAACGAGCCCCCACAGGGUAUCAAAGCUGGCCUCAAGAGAACAUACGCCGGUAUCACACAGGAGCAACUUGAGAUCUCCAACCUACCCCAGUGGAAGCCCAUCCUGUAUGCCGUGGCCUUCCUUCACACCACCGUCCAAGAGAGGCGUAAGUUCGGUCCUCUAGGCUGGAACAUCCCCUAUGAGUUCAACCAGGCUGACUUCACAUCCAGUGUGCAGUUUGUUAACAAUCAUCUUGAUGACCUGGACCCUAAGAAGGGUGUAUCCUGGAAUACCAUCCGCUACAUGUUAGGUGAAGUGCAGUACGGUGGCCGAGUAACAGACGACUAUGACAAACGUCUCCUCAACACGUACGCAAGGGUCUGGUUCUCAGAAGAUAUGUUCCUCGACAAGUUCAAGUUCUACAAAGGUUACACCAUUCCCAAAUGUCGCAGCGUUGAUGAAUAUCGCAACGCUAUUGAGAACCUUCCAUUGGUCGAUUCACCAGAAGCUUUUGGUCUUCACCCCAAUGCUGACAUCACGUACCAGACCAACAUGGCGACGGAGGUGUUGGAACUCAUCGUCAACAUUCAGCCCAAGGACAGUGGGAGCGGAGGUGGAGAAACCAGAGAGUCCGUCGUCUACAAACAAGCCGAUGAAAUGCUGGAGAAACUGCCUGGAAACUUUGUGCCUCAUGAGGUCAAAGCUCGUCUGCAGAAGAUGGGUAUCCUUUCCCCUCUCAACAUCUUCUUGCGUCAGGAGAUUGACCGUAUGCAGCGUGUGAUCUUCACGGUGCGUACCACCCUACAGGAUCUGAAGCUCGCUAUCGACGGUACCAUCAUCAUGAGUGAGACGCUACGAGAUGCUCUAGAUAAUAUCUACGAUGCUAGGGUCCCUGAGAGCUGGAAGAAGAUAUCUUGGGAGUCCACCACCCUUGGUUUCUGGUUCACUGACCUGAUUGAGAGGAAUGCACAGUUCUUUACCUGGUGCUUCGAGGGACGUCCAAACGUCUUCUGGAUGACAGGCUUCUUCAACCCACAGGGUUUCCUGACUGCUAUGAGGCAGGAGAUCACCAGAGCUCAUAAGGGUUGGGCUUUGGACAGUGUGGUGCUCCACAAUGACAUGACCAAGCUCCUGAAGGAAGACAUCAGCACUCCACCACCAGAAGGUGUGUACAUUUACGGCCUUUUCCUGGACGGUGCCGGCUGGGACCGACGUAACUGCAAGCUGAUCGAGCCCCCUCCCAAGGUCCUUUUCAGCCCACUUCCCGUGGUCCACGUCUACGCCAUCAACGCCACCGGGGGGAAGGACCCGAGGCUCUACGAGUGUCCCGUCUACCGUAAGCCAAGACGUACCGAUCUGACGUACAUCUUCCCGUUGUACCUGAAGACGGUUCAUCAUCCGGACCACUGGAUCUUAAGAGGCGUGGCUCUACUCUGUGACACCAAGUAAAAGAAGGUCUCGGAAAACAGAGCCUUAUGGCAAAUACUUUGUACAUGCUGGUCUAGCUAGCAAUGGGUAUAGAUCUUUAUCACGGUGUGGCCAUCUUGAUUUUAC